CUGCUAUAAACAGGCUGAUAGUGUAACAUCCCCUAUGCACUAAGUAAUAACUCACGACAAGGCAUGGCUAUUCACAAAGUUGGUUUCCUUGCUGUCCUCCUUCUGUUUGGAACACAUGUACUAGGAAGCAAAAUGGCAACUGCAGCGGAGGAGGAGAAGUCUUGUCCUCGAGAUUGCAUUAGCGAUGCAGCUUACAUGGUUUGCCCAACUCGCCAUGGACGACACAAAUUAAUUGAAUCCUAUUGCGACAACUGUUGCACUUUACCUGAAAAUUGCAAACUUUUCAAAGAGAAUGGUGAUCUCAUAUGUACUGGAACUGAUUAUUAGCUGUUGAUUCUCAGUUGGAAGGCGACUAGCUACUUAAAUAUUUACUAUUUAUGUAAUAAGGCCUGAGGUUAUGUCCUCAGGUGAUCUCUCAUGUGUCAUGGAAUUUGUGCCUUGACUAGUUAAGCUUUUACUAAGCUAAAAAAGUUUGAUCAUCUUAUAUUACUGAGUGAAGCUUCUCGUCA